AUGGCUGUCCAUCUUCAUCUGAAUGGUGCCAAAGGGUCAAGAAGGAAGCCACCCCACACCACCGUGGCGAGGCUCCUGUGCUGGGGGCUGCCACCCUCCUGGAGUCGAUUCCUGUGGCGUCAGGCUGGCGAGUUUCCGGUCACCGCUUUCCUGCUGGGGGCAGGCACUGGGGCGCUCCUUGCCAUAGGGCUCUUUCAGCUCUUGGUGAACCCCAUGAACAUCUAUGAAGAUCAGAAGAUGGUGAUGCUGUACAGCUUGGUGGGCUUGAGUGCCAUGGGCUGGGGGACCUCCCCUCACAUCCGCUGUGCCAGCGCCCUGAUGAUACCUAAGAUGUUGGGUAAAGAGGGCAGGCUCUUUUUGUUGGGCUAUGCCUUGGCCGCCAUCUAUGAAGGGCCAGCGGCCAACCUGCGUUACAACCUCAACGAGGUGAUAGCAUCUCUGGGCUGUACUGUGGAGCUGCAGAUCAACAACACUCGGGCGGCCUGGCACACCUCCACGGCCCCUCUGCGGACAGUGUUCAAGGACCUGCUGGGCAGCAGAGAUUCCUUGAAAGCCGAGGCUCUCAACAUCUCCAACUCCUUCAAGGACCUUGAUGCCCAGGUGAAAAGUGAGGCAGGUUUCAAUCCAGAGGAUGCUCCAGACUCAAAGGAAACAGCUCAAGACGUAGAGGCCCGCCGGGUCCCGUCCUUCAGAGAUUUCUACUCCACACAGAAGAUGUUCGAGCUGAAGACCAAGCUGCGUUGCUCCUAUGUGGUGAACAAGGCCAUGCUCCGCUGCCAUCAGUGGUUUAACCUAAAGCAUGAACAGUGCAUGCAACGCGUGUGGGUCCCACUGCUCAACCACCUGCUCUGCCUGCCCAUGAAGUUCAAGUUCCUCUGUGCCAUUGCCAAGGUGAUGGAGAUCUGGUGUCAGAAUCGCAUCCCAGUGGAAGGCAACUUUGGGCAGACCUACGACUCACUCAACCAGUCUAUUAAUAGUCUGGCUGGGGAAUUUUCAGCCAGUAUUAACCUAAAGGAAAAGAAACAGGCUACAGUGCUGGGCCUCAACACCAGCUGGGAGCACGUGAGUACCGAGGCGAGGAAUUAUGUGCGCACCCAGGAGGCCAGGCUCGAGUGGACCUUGGGGCUGCUGCAGGUGCUGCUCUCCUGCACCUUCCUGUUGGUCUUACGAGGGUCCUUCUCCUACAUGGACAAGUAUAACCAAGACAUUCGCUUUGACAACAUCUACAUCAGCACCUACUUCCAUCAGAUUGAUGAGCGCAGGAAGAAGCUAGGCAAACGGAGCCUGCUGCCUCUCCGCAAAGCUGAGGAAAAAACCGUCAUCUUUCCCUGCAAGCCCAUGAUCCAGGCCUCAGAAAUGAAGAACUUGGUAAGGGAGCUGCUCGAGUCGGUGCCGGUUUUGCUGCUGCUGCUGCUGCUGUGUGGGCUAGACUGGGCUUUCUUCUCCAUCUUCAACACCAUCCGCCACCACUCCUUCCUACAGUACUCCUUCCGCAGCAGUCAUAAACUGGAGGUGAAGGUGGAAGGAGAUUCCAUGCUCGCCCGGCUUCUUCGAAAAACCAUUGGGGCCCUGAACACCUCCUCAGAGACGGUGGUGGAAUCAAAUAACAUGCCCUGUCUGCCCCAGCCAGAGAGCAUGGAUGCCAAGGCCUACCUCAGCGCUGCACUACCAAGUGGCCUGCUGGUGUGCCUCUGCCUGCUCCAGGCUUUUGGCUACCGACUCCGGAGGGUCAUUGCAGCUUUCUACUUCCCUAAGCGAGAGAAGAAGCGUGUCCUGUUCUUCUACAAUGAGCUGCUGAGGAAGAGAGAAGCCUUCACGAAACUGAGGAGGGCGGCCAUUGUGAGGCGGGCACAGCAGCAGAGGGCUCCGCGCCACCACCUGGUUGACAUUUUGCACCGAUGCUGCCCUCUCUUGCACCUCUGGCUGCGCCGGCGAUGCGUGGUGUGUUUAGCACCCGAGAAGCCCGAGUCCUACGUGUGCCCGACGGCGGGCUGCGAGACUGUGUACUGCCAAUCAUGCUGGGUCGACAUGCGGCAGCAGUGCCCAGCCUGCACACCUCGCGAGGAACUCUCCUCCUCUGCCUUCAGCGACAGUGACGACGACGCUACCUAUGCUGAGUGA